GGCCAAGAAGAAGGAGGGGAGGACGUGGGAGUGGGUAAUAACCGGGGAGCAUCAACCUGGGGGGAAAAGGAGGAGGUUUGAGGAUGGAGGGUGUUCCCUCUUGCUUCUGCCUAUGUGUCAAGUGGCAGGAGAAAUUUUGAAAGCUGUGAGGAGGAGCUAGUGACCGGGCUUUGGGGUGGUUUGUACCCCACCCUCCCCACUUGUAGGAAAACCUCUUUACAUUCAGAAGUAAUUGAAUUGGAAGGAGGAAGACUGACCUGGGAAUAGGAGGAAAGCAAUUCUCCCGCGGCUCCAUCUCCUGUCUCUUAUCACUGGCCUCCUGACUCUCUUCCAAACCAAGCUCGGCUGCAUCAAGGUGGCAGCAGAAACACCCGCACAAUUGCCAGCCACUGGGAAUCUGCUUAAGCCACCCUGUGCAUCCCAAGCUGCCCUAUUAUCCAGCCACCAUCCCUGACCAUUGGGACCACUUCUGAUGGCUGUGGCCUCUGCUGCCCCAGGGAGCAUCUUCCGUAAGCAGCUCCUUUUCUGUCUCCUGGUUUUAAUAUUAUCUUGCGAUGCUUGUCGGAAAAUUUCUCUUCAAGUUCCUUCUCAUCUUCAGGCUGAAACACUUGUAGGCAAAGUGAAUCCAAAAGAAUGCUUCCAGUCAGCCAGCCUAAUCCUGUCAAGUGAUCCCGACUUCAGAAUUCUAGAAGAUGGCUCCAUCUACACAACACAUGACCUCAUUUUGUCUUCUGCAAGGAAAAGCUUUUACAUUUCUCUUUCAGAUGACCAGAGACAGGAACAGAAAGAGAUAGAAAUUGUACUGGAUGUGAGAGGAAAGAAGGUUCCCAAGAAGAGACACACAAAAGACCCAGUUCUCAAGCGCAGCAAGAGGCGAUGGGCCCCUAUUCCCUGUUCACUGAUGGAGAACUCCUUAGGUCCAUUUCCGCAGCAUGUUCAGCAGGUCCAAUCUGAUGCUGCACAGAACUACACCAUCUUUUACUCCAUAAGUGGACCAGGCGUGGACAAAGAGCCCUUCAAUUUGUUCUACAUAGAUAAGGACACAGGAGAUAUCUUUUGUACGCGAAGCAUAGACCGUGAGCAAUAUGAACAGUUUCCGCUAUAUGCCUAUGCAACCACUGCAGACGGCUACGCGCCAGAGUACCCGCUCCCCUUGCUAUUCAAAGUUGAAGAUGAUAACGAUAAUGCUCCGUAUUUUGAAAACAAAGUGACUAUCUUUAGUGUGCCUGAAAAUUGUCGAACUGGAACUUCAGUGGGACAAGUGACUGCCAUAGACCACGAUGAACCUGACACUCUACAUACUCGUCUGAAAUAUAAAAUCUUACAGCAAAUCCCAGAUCAUCCAAAGCAUUUCUCCAUACAUCCAGAUACAGGUGUCAUCACCACAACUACACCUUUACUGGAUAGAGAAAAAUGUGACACAUACCAGUUAAUAAUGGAAGUGCGAGACAUGGGGGGGCAACCUUUUGGUUUAUUUAAUACAGGAACAAUUACAAUUUCACUUGAGGAUGAAAAUGACAAUUCACCAUAUUUUACUGAAACAUCUUAUUUUACAGAAGUAGAAGAAAACAGAAUUGAUGUUGAGAUUUUACGAAUGGCGGUACAUGAUCAGGACUUACCAAACACUCCUCACUCAAAGGCUAUAUAUAAGAUCCUACAGGGAAAUGAAAAUGGAAACUUCAAAAUUAGCACAGACCCCAAUACAAAUGAAGCAGUCUUGUGUGUUGUCAAGCCAUUGAACUAUGAAGUCCAUCGCGAGGUUGUUUUGCAAAUUGGUGUACUUAAUGAAGCACAAUUCGCUAAAGCAGCAAACUCAAAAGCUCCUACUAUGUGCACUACAACUGUCACUGUUAAAAUUAAAGACAGUGAUGAGGGCCCUGAAUGCCAACCACCAGUAAAAGUUCUUCAGAGUACAGAUGGCCUCCCAGUUGGAAAAGAACUCCAGGGAUACAAAGCGUUGGAUCCGGAAACACGCAGCAGUGAAGGCUUAAGGUAUAAGAAGAUAGGAGAUGAAGAUAACUGGUUUGAAAUUAAUGAACACACUGGUGACUUGAGAACUAUAAAAGUGCUAGAUAGAGAAUCAAAAUUUGUAAAACACGACCAAUACAAUGUUUCCGUGGUUGCAAUGGAUGCAGCUGGCAGAUCAUGCACGGGAACCCUGGUAGUUCUUCUGGAAGAUAAUAACGAUCACCCACCGCAAAUUGAUAAAGAAGUGACAAUUUGCCAGCAUGCUAAGGAUUAUGCCGUUCUCGAACCUGUAGAUGCAGAUGGACCUGAGAAUGGUCCACCUUUUGAAUUCUUUCUGGAUAAUUCUGCCAACAAACUUUGGAAUUUAGAAACAAAGGAUGGUAAAACUGCCAUUCUUCGUCAGCGACAAAUUCUUGACUAUAACUAUUAUACUGUGCCUAUCAUAAUAAAAGAUAGACAUGGUUUAGAUGCAAAACACAUGUUAACAGUGAGAGUAUGUGACUGUACAACCCCAUCUGACUGUAAGAUGAAUAUUAAAAAUGUGAGAGAUUUUAAGCCAUCAAAUGUAAUACUUGGAAGAUGGGCUAUUCUUGCCAUGGUGUUGGGUUCUGCAUUGCUGUUAUGUAUUCUGUUUACUUGUUUCUGUGUUACUGCUAAGAGAACAGUAAAGAAAUGUUUUCCAGAUGUAGCCCAGCAAAAUUUAAUUGUGUCAAAUACUGAAGGACCUGGAGAAGAAGUGAUGGAAGCAAAUAUUAGACUGCCCACACAGACAUCCAACAUUUGUGACACAAGCAUGUCUGGUGGCACUCUUGGUGGCCAAGGAGUCAAAACACAGCAAAGCUUUGAGAUGGUCAAAGGCGGCUACACUUUGGAUUCCAGCAAAGGAGGUGGACAUCAGACCCUGGAAUCUGUCAAGGGAGCAGGACAGGAUACUGGCAGAUACACAUACACAGACUGGCACAGCUUCACCCAACCUCGGCUUGGCGAAAAGGUGUAUCUGUGUGGACAAGACGAGGAGCAUAAACAUUCCGAAGACUACGUUCGUUCGUAUAACUAUGAAGGAAAAGGGUCUGUGGCCGGCUCUGUAGGCUGCUGCAGUGAUCGGCAGGAAGAAGAAGGGCUUGAGUUUCUUGAUCAUCUGGAACCCAAAUUUAGGACGCUAGCAAAGACGUGUGUCAAGAAAUAAAAUGUGCGUUUUAAUGGAGAAACAUCCACAAAUGCAUAUGCGGGAGUUUAUUAAAUGUAAAAUGAUAGCAGCAUCUGCUAGUAUGUUUGUUUAUUGGAGGUAAACUUCGAGUCAUGUAUAGAUAAGGAUACUAUAAAUACAAAACUCCUCUAAAUUCUCCUCGUCUGAUAUAACUUCCAUGUUCUCUAGAAAUAGAAGUUUUAUGUGUUAAUUUUCUUUUAUAUGCAUGUAUAUAUUGCCCUUUUCAGCACUGUGCUGUGUGCUUUCUUUCAUCUUCCGUGUGGGAAUUUAUGGUACCCUGUAUGCUAUAAAAGUGGAUGGUGGGAGAGCUGGGUAUUGUGGAGGCAAAUGAGAAAUGAAUUUUAAUUUUAGAUGAAAAUUAAAUAUUUUCUUCAACAACAUGGGGAGGUUGCUCUUAGAAACGCUCUUAGAAAUAUUGUCUUUGGUGCCAGAGAAUUGAUUCCUCUACCUGAGUGGCUAUGUAUUGAAGGAUUUUUAAGUAUUCUUUGGUACAGUCUUCAGUUUGGUAAAUAGGUGUUCGUUUCUCACUACACUUUUCACCCUGCGGAGGUGUUCCCAGUACUGUGCUUUCAGGGGCCUUCAGCGCUUGGUCCUUGGAUCUCUGUCUAUAUGGAUGCGUAAUCAGAUUCCUACAGCUUCUAGACUGUGGGAAAGACAGGAGCAGAAGAAGCUCAGGGCAAUUUGGGCCACAGAGAUUUUGUAAGGAUCAGAUGGGAGGAUGUACUAUUGCCUUUUUAAAAUGUAAAUACCUUGGCAAGAACAUGCGCUCUCUAGUUUGACAGAGGCCCACCAUCUUCAAGCAUUUGUGAAACCAGCCUGGAAGGCAUUAGACUUGCAACCCUGAUCCAUGGUGCUUAGACCUUUAAAUAUGCUAAAAAUGGAAUGAGCAUCCGUAAUAGAAUUUAAUACUCUGCUUACAUUGGUAAUUACUUUAAGAAAAUUGAAAAUCAGAAAUAAUGAAUUUCUGGCAUGUAAAUGUUAAACCAUUGAAAUGAAUGAUGGAUAAAUGGACACGAGUUAAUAAAUUAUUUUGAAUAUAUAACAUCUUAAUAGGAUAUUACAUUAAUUAAUUUAGAAAGAAAUAUCCAUUUAAAUAAUAUUUUAAUAGUCUUUGUGCCAAACUCUAUAAAUUUACAGUGACAGUAUAUAUCACACAGAAAUUUCUCAUUCAGACAAAAAAAAUGUUUCUUUUUUAAAAAUCUAUUAACUGGUUAACAACUGAAAAAAGAGUGGUGAUUUUUUAAAAUUUUUUAAGUAAAAUUUUGUAAUUAGUCCUCUGAUUCUCAAUUACCGCUUUGAAUUAAAGGUGUUUCUUGAUGUGAAAUUGGAUAUUAGAGCAGAAUAAAAAAGUAGUUUUUAUAAGAUUUUAUUUUAUAGGAUGUCAACAAUGUAUGAUUUUUAUAGCAAUUGUGAGUAAAAUAAUUUUGGGAGGUAAUGAAAUUUCUGUUGUCUGACAUAUAUUAUGCUAAGAAUAGUACCAGUUUUGAAAUUUUUAAAUAUAAUGUUAGAAUUUGGAAUAUAUUCAUGCCAUGUUAUAUUCUUGAAUAUAGGUGCAGAAUGUUUUUUGAACAAUUAAAAAUCUUUAGCUGAACAUUAACUUAUAUGUGUUAGUUUAUGUUUUCAUUUCUUACGUUUACUUAAAUAGGAAAGAGAAAUUUUAUAUCUGAACGUAAAGUACAAUUAGAGGCCAAAGGUUAGCAAAAUAAGACACUUUAAAAAUAUUAGCAGAAUUGUUAGAAGGUGUGGAAAAUGAAUUUGUUUAAGCAGUUUUGGCUAUUAUAAAUAUUUUCAAAUAUUAUUAAAAAUUAUCUCACAGAGGAACUAUGACUUGUCUUUUAUUUAGGAAAUUCACAUUCUCUGUUUACACUCAAAAUUAAAUGUUAUUUGUAUGACUGAGAAAAUUUAUGAAACUCCAUUGUACUGUUGACCAAUUUAGUUUGUUAAUAAAACAUUGUAUUUUAUGGAUUAUUUCAUAUAAGUUAACCAUCAAUUGUCAAUAAGUGAAUCGGUAUGAAUUGUUUUUCUGUAAUUAAAUCUGUAGUUAGGGAAAAUAUACAAUUAAAUUUUUCUUAUCUUGAUUCAGAUCUCAAAGUAUUUCAUGUGAAAAAAUUCCUUGGGAGCACCAAGAUAGAUGAAAAUUGAUAUAAUUGCUAUAAUAAUUGGCUUUGUUAAAUACCUCUUUAACUUUGCCAAGCUUUCAUUUCCCCUGAGUUGAUUAAAAAUGUUUUAUUAAACUUGG